GUCCAGACCCCUCGAUCCCAGUGUCACCAUGAGCCCUGUCACCUCGAGCCGGCUGCUGGCAGGUGCAAUCCUGGUCCUGGUGCUGGGGGACCCCACAGACGCCUGCAGCUGCGCCCCCCAGCACCCCCAGACGGCGUUCUGCCAGGCUGACGUCGUGAUUCGGGGCAGGUUCAUGGGGAUCACUCCACUAAGCCACAACAGCAGCCGCGGGGAGUCUGUGCCGUGGGUCCGCUAUGAGAUCAAAACCACGAAGAUCUACAAGGGGUUCGAGCCGCUGACGGAUGUUCACUUCGUAGACACCCCGGCCCUGGAGAGCGUCUGUGGGUACCAGCACCCGGCACCCUUGAAGGGGGAGGAGUACCUCAUCAUGGCCACGCAGCAGGACGAGCGCCUGACGGUCUCUGCCUGCUCCUUCGUGCGCCCCUGGGGGCGCGUCCCCCCCAGCCAGCGCCGCGGGGUCAGCCAGGCCUAUGAAGGGGGCUGCGCCUGCCAGGUGUUGCCCUGUCUCUUCAUGCCCUGCUCGCUGUCGGGCGAUGCCCAGUGCCUCUGGACCGACGGGCUCCUGGACCGGAGCUGGCAGGGGCCCCAGGCCCAGCGCCUGGCCUGCCUGCCCCGCCCCAGCCAGGGGGCGCCCCCCGGGGCCGACCCCUUCUGCACCUGGGAGCCCCUCAAGAGCCGCCUCCCCGGGGCCCUGCUCAAGGCAGGCCGGGGGCAGUGAGCCCCUCCACCACGCCGGCCCCCUGGACUGUGACCCCCGUGGGCUCUGACUCCCCCCCCACGCUGCCCCCCACCCGUUAAAACUGUUUUCCUGAGUUGGAUUCAUAAAUAAAGAAAGCUCUGUGA